CUGUGAGGUUGUGUUUUGUGUUCUGUGUUGAGCUUGAAGAAAUUGAUUGGGAUAAGAUAAGGGAUAUGGAUUAUUUAUGUUGUAGUUCGAGGAAAAAUACUGAAUAGAAUAUUUUUCUUACAGGGUUUUUGAGGAUUUGUGAUUUAUUUUCUAAGAACUGGAUGUUGUUUCAUUUGCCGAUGGCAAUGUUGGUUUAAGAACAAUAAGAUAGGACAUAAUAUUUAAUAUGAACUGAAAGUAGCAGACAUGGCCGCGACGAGAAAACUACAAGGAGAAAUAGAUCGUUGUUUAAAAAAAGUUACUGAAGGCGUUGAAACAUUUGAGGAUAUUUGGCAGAAAGUUCAUAAUGCAGCUAAUAGUAAUCAGAAGGAAAAAUACGAGGCUGAUCUUAAGAAGGAAAUCAAAAAAUUGCAACGUCUUCGCGAUCAAAUCAAAAGUUGGAUUGCAUCAGCUGAGAUAAAGGAUAAAAGUGUUCUCAUGGAUAACAGAAAACUCAUUGAGACGCAAAUGGAAAGGUUCAAGGUAGUUGAACGGGAAACCAAAACGAAAGCCUACUCAAAAGAAGGAUUAGGUGCUGCUCAGAAACUAGAUCCUGCUCAGAAGGAGAGGGAUGAAAUCCAGCAUUGGCUGGUAUCUUCGAUAGAAAAACUAAAUAUUGGGACUGAUAGCUUUGAAUCUGAGAUAGAACUAUUAUUGUCUAAUAAGAAGAAAAAACUUGAUAAAGACAAACAAGAUAGAAUGGAUGAACUGAAAUCAAGACUAGAGAGGCAUAGGUUUCACAUUAGGAAAUUAGAAACCUUACUGAGGAUGUUGGAUAAUAUGUCUGUAGAAGUACAGCAGGUAAUAACCUCCAUGAGUUUCACUACUUUAUAUGAGAAAUCAAGAAUACCUAGUGAGGACUUUAAUUUGAUUAAAUUAUUAUCUAUUAAAAACAUAAAAGACAAUGUUGAGUACUACAUAGAUUUCAAUACUGAACCUGACUUCGAAGAUAAUGAAUUUAUCUAUGAUGACAUCAUUGGCAUGGAUGAAGUUGAAUUGUCUGGUGUUGGAUUGCCUUCAUCGGCAACGACAGAUAGUAACGAAACGGGGGGCACACCAACGUCAAUUAUUUCAGGGUCAUCGCCUAUUUCCUCUCCACCUCCGACGAUAGGCAACCCUACGAAUUUAAAUAAUCAUUCCAGCGAUAGUUCGAAUGAAGUGGAUAAGAAAGCUGUAUGUAGAGAACAUCCAAAGCCCGUGAAACCAACCCCUGUGCUAGCAGUCACAACGUCCGUUCCAAUGAUGAUAACGUCCACCGCCAGCACCAUCAAUUCGAUUCUCUUGCACAAUUGUGUACCUUCGAGUAAGCCGAGCACAACGCCCAGCAAACCGACGGCGACGGCAACGUUGGCGUCUGUGACUGCUCCGGUGGUCAGAGAUAGCGUUUCUCCGCCUGUCCAACAGCUUACUGUCGUUACCAGUAAUUUUGCUGCGGUGGCCGCCAGUUUAACCAAAGUAACAGCGAGUGGAGAAAGCAAUCCUGCAUCUGUGAUAACUACUGUUAGUCAAGUUCAAACACAAAUUACAUCUAAUGCCAUUAAUAGUUUGGUUCUUACAAAUCCCAUUUCGUCAUUAGCUGUACAAAAUUCGACAAACCAACCUGAGAUAUUGUAUCCUGAACCACAUAAUCUACAAAACAAUUGUUUGAGUCCUGAAACGACUAGUAAUACUGAAGUACUAUCCUUGGAUAUUGAUGCAUCACAACCUAUAACGAAUGGUCCAUCAUCUGAAAAGAUUUCCGAUGGAAUGACAUCCCUCAAGUCAAUGGCGCAACAAGUCAUCGAUCAGGCGGGUCUCCAGAAUAACCAAGUGAUUCUUGAGACAAGCAAAACUCAGAAUCAAGGCAAAUCAGAUGCUCACAUACCACCCCUCCUUGGAGUUGCACCUUUGGGGGCAGUUCCUUUACAGAAAGAGCAUCAGACGCAAUUUCAAUUCAUGGAAUCAGCAUUUUAUCACAUGCCACAUCCUUCAGACUCAGAAAAGAUAAGAACAUAUCUUCCAAGGAGUCCCUGCACAACACCUCCUUAUUACAUUCAAUCGCCCCUUUCGCAUUCAGAUAGCCUUGACUUCUAUCAGAGAUUAGCGACUGAAACUCUAUUUUUCGUGUUCUAUUACAUGGAGGGGACAAAAGCGCAAUAUCUUGCUGCGAAAGCACUGAAGAAGCAAAGCUGGAGGUUUCAUACGAAAUAUAUGAUGUGGUUUCAAAGACAUGAAGAGCCCAAGAUUAUUAAUGAAGAAUAUGAGCAGGGCACCUAUAUUUAUUUUGACUAUGAAAAAUGGGGACAAAGGAAAAAAGAAGGCUUUACAUUUGAAUAUAAAUACUUAGAAGAUAGAGAUCUUAAUUAAUUAAAAUAUUGAUAAAA